AUGUCAUUAGGGUAUGAUAGAGUGUUUCUGGUGGAGCCUAAUGAGCUGAGUGGUGGUUUGGCUUUAAUGUGGAAGCAAAAAGUAAGUGUGGAUGUGAAGUUUGCUGAUAAAAAUGUAGUUGACUGUGCUAUAACAUACGGAGGAUACAAGUUCUGUGUGUCUUUUGUAUAUGGAGAACCGAGUCAGAUAGGGAAAGAGAAGGAGAAGAUUGGUGGACCUAAACGUAGUGAUUCAUCUUUCACGGAGUUUGCUGAUAUGUUGAAAGUGUGUGAUAUGGCUGAGAUUAUUGGCGUGGGAGAUGCUUUCACGUGGGCGGGAAAGAGAUAUCAAAAAUAUAUUCAGUGCAAAUUGGAUAGAUGUUUUGCGAAUAAGGAGUGGAGGAGAGUUUUUUACCAAGCGUCUCGGGAGUUUAUGGAGAAACUAGGUUCGGAUCACAGGCCGGUGAUGGUGAACCUGAUUGGCAAAGCCUUUAAGGAGGAGGAAGAUUUUUGGAAGCAAAAGAUUCGAGAUAAGUGGCUUGUGGUUGGAUAUAAUAUUACAAGUUUUUUUCACGCCUCUGUGAAAGCAUCUAGACAACGGAAUCAACUUACUAAGCUUAUUGACGAUGAAGGUGUUGUUGUUUCCUCUAACUAUCAGAUGGGGAAGGUAGCAACAGAAUAUUUUGAAAAGCUUUUCAAGUCAAAUGGAGUUUCUGAGACUAACGGUUUCUUCACUGGUUUUGAACCAAAGGUAACAGAACAAAUGAAUCUAAAGUUGAUCAAGGAGGUGACCGAGGAAGAAUUUCGUGAUGCAGUGUUUGCGAUUAAACCCUCGAGUGCACCAGGAUGUGAUGGGAUGAAUAUAUUAUUUUUUCAACAGUAUUGGGAGAUCAUCGGUACUGAUGUGGUGAGAGAAGUUCAGAAUUUCUUUCACACUGGUGUUUUUCCAGAGGAGUGGAAACCAAACCCAACGCUAAUGGUGGAUUUACGUCCUAUCAGCCUCUGUUCGGUCAUGUACAAGAUAGUCUCGAAAAUAUUGGUUGCUAGGAUGAAGCCUUUGUUGGAACAUAUUGUGUCGCCCACCCAGUCCGGUUUUGUUCCAGAGAGAUUGAUAUCUGAUAAUAUCAUUAUUGCACAUGAGAUGGUCCAUGGGUUGAGAUCACAUGAUAGAAUCUCUAAGCAUUUCAUGGCAAUUAAAACUGAUAUGUCAAAAGCAUAUGACAGAAUUGAGUGGAACUAUCUAGAAGAGCUUCUCAACGUUCUUGGUUUUCAUCAGACCUUUCGUGAAUGGAUUAUGUUCUGUGUGCGACCUGUUACAUACACUGUCUUGAUUAACGGAGAAGCUCAAGGGAUGAUAAGACCGGGUAGAGGGUUGAGACAGGGUGAUCUUUUAUCUCCUUUUCUUUUUGAUUUUUGUACUGAAGGGCUAUCACAUCAGCUCAAUGAGGUAGAGCGUAGAGGAGAAAUAAAUGGUAUCCAAUUCUCUGAGCAAGGGCCAUCAGUACAUCAUCUCUUUUUUGCUGAUGAUUCGUUGCUAAUUCUAAAGGCAGAGGAGGCCGAGUGUACUGCAGUAUGCAAGAUUAUGAAGCUGUAUGAGGAGAUAUCCGGCCAGUUAAUUAAUUUCAACAAGUCGGCAAUUACGUUUGGGAAGAAGAUUGGAGACAGUAUAAGAGUAAAGAUCAAAGAGAUGACUGGUAUUGCUAAUGAAGGAGGUACGGGGAAAUAUCUGGGGUUACCAGAAUGUUUUAGUGGAUCAAAGGUGGAGAUGCUGCAGUAUAUCCAUGAGAAGAUAAAGUCUCGGUUCCAUGGCUGGUAUGGCAAGUUCUUAUCGGCAGGGGGUAAGGAGGUUUUACUCAAAGCUAUGGCUAUGGCAAUGCCUGUUUUUGCUAUGUCGGUAUUUAAGCUACCUAAGAUUACUUGUUUUCGAGACUUGGAGAAGUGUAAUCAAGCCUUGCUAGCUAAGCAAGGGUGGAGAUUGCUUAUGAACCCGGAUUCUCUAUGCUCAAGGUUCUUACGUAGUGAUUUCUUAUCGGCUAGUUUGGGCUCUAGACCAUCAUAUGCUUGGAGGAGCAUUCAUUUUGGUCGGACAUUGCUGGAAAAAGGACUUCGUCGAGAUGUUGGAUCAGGUGAGGAUAUCAAUGUGUUGAUGGAUAAGUGGCUGUUUGAUGAAGUUCCGAAGGCGCCAUUGAGGAAACAUGUUCUCUUUGAUCUAGACUUGCGUGUUUGUGAUCUGAUUUGUCCUCAAACAAAAACUUGGAACUGGGGAAAGUUAGAAGAAAAUUUCUUCGAAAGGGAUUUAAAACUGAUCUUGAAACAAAAACCUGCUAUGGGGGAGAAGGAUGCUUAUGAGUGGGUGCAUAACAGAUGGGGGGCAUACACAGUGAAGUCGGGGUACUGGUUAGCAUGUUCUUUGGAUCAGUCGGAGGUUCGCAAGGAGGCCCUGGCAAGACCUUCCUUGAAUGAGCUCAGAAGCAAAGUGUGGAAAGUCAACACAGCGCCAAAAAUUCGAAUUUUCUGUGGAAAGCCUUAUCUAAUGCACUCUCAGUGA